AUGGCUCUUAUCACCAGAAAUUCACUCUUUUAUAAAUCCUUGUUUGUGCCUAUUCAUUACCGUCGAAUUUCUCAUAUUGUUCAGCAUGAAAUACCGAAUAAUCAGGACUCAUCCGAAAAUUCCAGCAAGAAUGGUGGUGACCUAAAACCGCCCCAAAAAAAUGAACAAACAAUUUCGUCGACGACAGAUGAAUUAGCACAUAUUCACACUUCAUACGAUCCAAAGAUUGUUGAUCCACUUCAAAAUGGUGAAAAGCGUGAUGAUCGGAAUCCAUUGGAAUGGAGUGCUGCUAAUCGAUCAAUUAGUAAACAUACCGACAAAAGAGGAAAUCAACCUGUAUAG